AGCUGCUAAUAUUCUCUCAGACAUACUCUCGGAGACGAGACGAUGGCUUCCAUGGGGAUGCAGAUAGCGGGAUGCGCCCUGGCCCUCUUUGGCUGGAUCGGUGUGCUCAUUGUGUGCGGCACACCAAUGUGGAGGGUCUCUGCCUUCAUUGGCAACAACAUUGUGACAUCGCAGAUCAUGUGGGAGGGCCUCUGGAUGAGCUGCGUGGUCCAGAGCACGGGACAGAUGCAGUGUAAGGUGUACGACUCCAUGCUGGCUCUGAGCACCGACCUGCAGGGGGCCCGCGCUCUGGUGGUGGUCUCCAUCAUUGUAGGCCUCGUCGGGAUCCUCGUAGCUUUCGCCGGCGGGAAGUGCACCAACUUCAUUCCGGAGGAGAGGGCCAAGGCGAGGGCGUGUGUGGCUGCAGGCGUGCUGCUGAUCAUCAGUGGGAUCCUCUGUCUUAUCCCUGUUUCAUGGACCGCCAGCAUUAUCAUCAGGAACUUCUACAACCCGGUGCUCGUGGAUGCCCAGAAGAGAGAGCUCGGGGCCUCUCUGUACAUCGGCUGGGGGGCCGGGGCGCUGCUGGUCCUGGGAGGAGCGCUUCUGUGUGCCAGCUGUCCCCGCAAAGAGGAUGAGACCCCCUCUGUGAAGUACCUCCUAAACCAGCCGGGAGGAUACAGCAAAGAGGAUUCAUUCAGAUCCAGUGGGUCAAAGACGUACAUUUGAGAAUUCAAAAGGGACAAAGAGGACGCAGCUUUUGUCGUCAAGAAGUGAAGGACGUUUAAUGAGUUGCUGUGAGACAUCAAGAAAAAGGACAUACACGCAGACAACCUACAAUGAAGGAAAAAUGCACUUUGUUCUUAAAAGAGAAUCACACUUUUGUAUGAAGAUGUUUUCUGUCUGAAUAUUGAUGUUUUUCUUCGGUUAUGAACAUUUAUAGGGGGUAGUUUAAGUCUUUGAAACCUAAGAAAAAUGUCUUGGUUUCUUUAAAAAAAAAAAAAAAAGGCAAUGGGCAGCCAAAGAAAUACCACUAAUGUUCAAGAAACUGAAAAUUGCAAAAAGUAGAAAAUUAAUUGUAAUAAGUAUACAAAAAAUUAGCUGAAAUUUUGUU